UGAGGUUUGGGGUCUGCAACUAGAGAGCCAGUAAAGCUGUACAAGAAUGUGGAGCCUUCUCAUUUGUAGUUAAAGAUAGAGGCAGCACACACUGUAUCCUAGCUGACAGUUUCUAAUUUCAGAUAUCUUCAGUCGGCCCCCGUCCAUUUGGGCGGCUUUUGUUUGUAAUGUUUCCUUGUUAGAAAGGAGUUUUGUGUUGUGUGUAGCUGCUUCUAGAAGAAGGAGGACUUUUGCUUUUGUAAUAACUCAUCUCAGGCAAGGAGGAGGGGGGGAGGAAAACGACCAUGGUGCUUUAUGAAAGAAUGAUUGAAGACUGCGGGCAGAGCAGUGACAACAUGGCAGAUAGAAGGCAACUGUUUGUCGAGAUGAGGGCUCAAGACUUGGACUCCAUACGAUUAUCGACAUACAGAACUGCCUGCAAACUCAGAUUUGUGCAGAAGAAAUGCAAUCUACAUUUGGUUGACAUUUGGAAUGUCAUCGAGGCUUUCCGAGAGAACGGCGUCAACGCCAUGGACCUCAGCGCUGACCUUUCUGUGGCUCGUCUAGAAGUGGUACUGUCCACCAUUUUUUACCAGCUGAACAAGCGCAUGCCCACCACCCACCAGAUCAACGUGGAACACUCUAUCAGCCUGCUGCUCAACUUCCUGCUGGCAGCGUAUGACCCGGAGGGCCAUGGCAAAAUAUCUGUCUUUGUUGUGAAGAUGGCCGUGGCAACUAUCUGUGGAGGGAAAAUUCUGGAUAAAUUAAGAUAUAUUUUUUCACAGAUAUCAGAUUCUGCUGGAAUAAUGGCGUACCCGCAGUUUGACCAAUUUCUGAGGGAGGUUCUCAAAUUACCUAUGGCGGUUUUUGAGGGACCUUCUUUUGGUUACACUGAACAAGCAGCAAGAACGUGCUUUGCACAGCAGAAAAAGGUCUCCCUCAAUACAUUCCUGGAUACGUUGAUGUCAGACCCGCCCCCUCAGUGUCUGGUGUGGUUACCGCUCAUGCAUCGGCUUGCCAACGUGGAGAACGUCUUUCACCCUGUCGAGUGCUCCUACUGCCAUACUGAGAGUAUGAUGGGCUUCCGCUACCGCUGCCAGCAAUGUCAUAAUUACCAGCUCUGUCAGGACUGCUUCUGGAGGGGGCAUGCCAGUGGUUCCCAUAGCAACCAGCACCAAAUGAAGGAGUAUACGUCAUGGAAAUCCCCCGCUAAGAAGUUAUCCCAUGCCCUCAGUAAGUCACUGAGCUGUGCAUCCAGCAGAGAGCCUCUUCACCCCAUGUUUCCCGAAAUGCCAGAGAAACCUCUCAACCUAGCUCAUAUUGUAGAUACGUGGCCACCCAGACCAGUGAACAUCACCAAUGACUACUCGCUCUCCCACUCCAUGCCGACAUCAGGGAACCCUUACUCCACCAAAAACUUGCCUUACAGCAAGAGUAAUGAUGUUGAGCAAAGAAAGCCCUUGACUGUGGCUGCUCCACAUCUGUUGAAAGGGAGAGGGUUGAACUACAACCUCGAUGUUGCUGAUAGACUUGCUGACGAACAUGCUCUCAUUGGCCUCUAUGUGAAUCUACUUCAAAACAACCCCAAAACAUGUUUGCUGGAGAGCAGUAACCAUCAAGAUGAGGAGCACAGUCUCAUCGCCCGCUAUGCUGCUAGACUGGCUGCUGAUGCUGCGGCUCAACAGCAGAGGGUCCCCACAGACCUGCCCUGCUCUCUGGAUGCCAACAAACAGCAGAGGCAGCUCAUUGCCGAGCUCGAGAGCAAAAACAGAGAAAUCCUGCAGGAAAUACAGCGGCUGCGCCUUCAGCAUGAGGAGGCCUCCCAGCCACCACCUGACAAGGGUCAGCAGAACCCCACGCUGCUGGCUGAGCUACGACUUCUCAGGCAACGCAAAGAUGAGCUUGAACAAAGAAUGUCUACUCUGCAGGAGAGUCGCAGGGAACUCAUGGUGCAGCUGGAGCAACUAAUGAUGCUUCUCAAGCUAGAGGAGGAACGGAGAGAAGCUACUCAGGGUCCCGGGUCUCCACGCUCUUCCCCCAGCCACACCAUCAGCCGGCCGAUCCCCACACCAAUCCACUCGGACUCUGCCGGCACGACCCCGACUCACACACCUCAGGACUCACUCAUGGGCGUGGGAGGGGAUGUUCAGGAGGCCUUCGCUCAGGGUCCAAGGAGAAAUUUGAGAAACGACCUACUCAUUGCUGCUGACUCCAUCACCAACACAAUGUCAUCACUGGUUAAAGAACUCAAUUCAGAGGGUGGAAGUGAGACUGAGAGCACUGUGGAUUCAGACUUUGGCCGUGGCGACUUCUUAGCCACAACCUCUUCAGACCCCUUCUUCGCAUAUAAACAAAGGAGUGCCAGUGCUGCAGAGGGGGAGAGCUUUGAGAACGAUCUGGAGCAGCAGCUGGAGGACGAGCUCAAGCUGGAGGAGCUAAUAAAGCACAGGCAGGAACCAGAGAAAACCUGCAUGGUGAGACUGUAAUGUGUCGCUGCAGCAGUGACUGUGUUAGCCAAGGUGACUGGUGAGCAAUAUGAAAAGCAACAAUAGUAGAAGACACUGGAUGAGACAACACUGGGCCUACGGUACAGAGCACUGAAGAUAUGAAGAUUUUAAGUUGAAUAAAUGGCUGAAUCCAACUAUAGAAUACAUUUAUGUAAAGAUCUAUUUUUUAACCAACCACAUAUUUAAGGUAAUACUGUGAGCUGAUGUAAAGAGAUUAAUUGGUGAGCUGUCUAUUAUACCACAGGUGCCAUAAAAACCACACAACUUUGGGGAAUUAUUUCUUAAUUUUUAGCCUUUUUUUUUUUAUAUAUAUGAGUUGUUCAAGAAACGUACAACUGCACUGUUAGUACAGGAUGGCAAACCUGAUUCUUACAAAUUCUCAUGUUUCUGAAAACAGUGAACCAGGUUUAAGUGUUUGUCACCUGAUUUGAAAUACAAACCUGAGGAGGUGAAGUUAUAGACGAUAAAAAAUUGCAAUAUUUUGUAAAUGUAUGACUCAGACAGAUUUUACCACUGUUCCAUAGAUUUCUUACUGUUGCUGUCGAGUGGCUUUUGUAUUGUUUUUUUGACUUGUUUUUGGAGCAGGCCGAUCAGAUGCGUUUGUUUUAUUUGAUACAUUAUGAAUAAUAAUGAUAAUAAUACACACUGCCUUAGCUGAUUGGAUGACCUCUAAGAAAAAAAAAGAGCUCAUUCAAACUGUCAAUGCAGCAUGUAGCUAACAAGAAAACACAGCAGCAGUGCUCGUUGUCUUCACUGGACAAAUGAGGCUAAACUCAUUAAAAUCUGAUGCUGGGAAGUGAUUGUGUCUGCAGAUGGAUUUGUUCUGCAAAUAUGUACACUGUCUACAUAUAAAUUGUCAAUUAGAUAUGAGAUGUAGAUGGAUUGGAGGUUGUUUUAAAACACGGUGAAUAAGAUGAGACUUCCCAAUCACUCAAAUUCAAAAAGGUUUACACUGGUAAGGGCAUUGAACAAAUUGUGUUUACUAUCAAUGGUUUAUGAAUUAAUGUUCGACCAUAGAUCAUUUACCAUUGUUUCAUUUGUUAGCUCUCACACACAAAUCUCUGUGUGACUUGCACACCGACAUACAUACACACUCUUGGUGUAUUUUUUGAGUGUGCGUGAAACUUUACUCAGUCACUUUGGGGGAAAGUGGCAAGCCAAUCUAAAAUCAUAAAUGUGUGAAAUAUAUCUAGUUUGAUUUUUGAGCAAGUUCAUAGCAGUGAUUUUGCAUGGUGGUGAUGCAUAAUAAAGUGUUGACACAAUAUCACAA